ACCGUCGACAGUUUGACUAAACUUUAUUGUUAGGUCUUUGGUAAUUUGUUAAACAUGGGGGCACGGGUUGCGCGUAUGUUCAGAAAUUUCAACCUAGAAAACCGGGUACACCGAGAAAUCUCUAAGGAAAAACCGCUAGCGGCACCCCGACACGCGGUUAUCCUCCCGCCCUCCGCCGGAAGUUCUGAAGUAGUGGAGACAGCGGACUCAGUCAACCAGAAGAACGACCCUCUGCUGAAGCGCCUCGAGUCUGUGUAUGUGGAGUCGAAAGAUCCAGCAGCAGCAGAGGCAUUGAAGGAAGUGACAGUGGGUAAAGAAGCGGAGCGGCGGCCGCUGAGGUUCAGUUUACCAGGAGACCCGUAUGGCUUGGUGGAGCUCACAGAUGUUCCGAAAGGCAAACUGACCAUCGCUGAGGCUCUGAAGGCCCUGAGCAGCCACCAGCGUAUGCCUCAGACGUGGACGCCGGAAAAGAUCGCUCAGGAUUAUUCUCUUGACUUGAAAGACACAAAAGCUCUUCUAGAGUUCUUCAUCCCCUUCCAGGUUCAGAUCAUACCACCCAAGACUGCAAAUGCCAAGCAGAUAAAGGCUUCUUAGAACUGGAUUGUUGGUGAAUAAUAGACAAUAGAAAACAUAUUAUCUGAUUUAUUUAUGUAUGCCUUAUCAGUUCCAAUCAGGUCUCUCUCAAUGCAAUUUAUUGACAGAGUUUCUCAAGUCUGGGGUUUGGACCUUAUGUGGGGUUGUUUGAUAUGUAGAUGGAAUCAUGGGAUAUGUCUUAGGUUGAUACAUUGCUAUUUGUGAAACAAACCAAGAAAAAGGAAAACAAAAUUAAUAAAUAAGUAGUACAAAUAUUUAAUAUUAAGCAUUGUGUCUUGAGAUUGAGAUUUUUGGAAUCUUGAAAUUAGCUUUCCUUCCGAGAGUGAGAUGAGAAGAUGGAUCCCAAUCUCGUGUCUGUGUAUUAAGUAUGGAGCUGGAGCCAGGAUGUGGUUAGCCUUGCUUAGCAUAAGGCUGGAAGGAAGAAAUAGUUCCAGGACGUAAUAUCCUCUAAAACUACAAAUGAUCAUUUUGACAUUUGGGAUAACCUGUUAGUUACUGAGCGUUAGAGGUGUUGGUAGGUGUAUUUUUUCACUUUUAAACAGAACCAGGCUAGCAGCUCCCCCCUGCUUCCAGUCUUUAUACUAAGCUAGGCUAACCAUGUCAUGCAGCUCUGUACUAUUUUACUCUUCACAGCUCACUCACAGAAAGAAAGCAAAUAAGCAUACUUCCAAAAAUGUUGAACUAUUGCUUUAUGGUGUAGAGGACUUUAGACUAUAUAGUAUGUAUAUCUGUCCAGUGGAAACAAUAUUUUGUAUGAUACAUAGCCAUUUAUUUCAAUAUGAUAGGUGAAAGAUUCUUAGUUUGAAGCUGGUAACAUCAGCCUGCUUAUGAUCAGUCAUUAAUUAAACUGAGCAGUCUUUUUCUUUUUUAUAGAGGUUUGUUAAAUUUCUAAUCCACUCCAUUUUAAUAUUUGGGUGUUUGCCAUGUAUGUGAGUCUGUGUCUGUUAGCCUAAAAACCAAGCACCUGUCGUUUACAAGGCAAAGUGGAGAAAGCAGAGGGGAGAAAUAUUUCAGGUUUGUUUUAUAGACUAACACAGAAGUUAUUGUUGGUCUACUCUGGGUUCCAAUGGCAGAUUUCUAAUUUCUCUCAACCCAACCAACAGCGGUUCUGCUCGAAGUUUCCUUGACAUUGUUGCCAAGUGCUUGCUCAUGGUGGGAAUUGUUGGGUCUCUGUAAAUAAUAUUAUAAAGAGUAUAUAUUAUAACGACUUCUGUUAUGAAUUGGCGCUAUAUAAGUAAAAUGUAAUUGAAUAAUUUGCCAUAAAACUACCGAAGAUAACUGUAAAUACAAGGUUCAUGCAAAUCCCAACAACUAUGACCUCAUACAGUAACAUCUAACCCUGCCCCCAUGUGAAGAAAGCUGUAUAAACUGCACAUAUUGCGCCUCGUUCUGUGCCAGGCUGACCCUUGCCCGUGGUUGUACCUAAUUGCUGUCCCCUGACAUAUUUCUACCACUGCACAGGCAGUUAAUAGAGGCCACGUAUGUAAGAUAACAUUGAACAGCUUAAAAAUUAAAGCCUGUAUUGCUCUGAUGUAUUAGUUGGUGUACCAGUGAGCCAGCUUUGACAGUGCUGUAGUAGCCGCAGCUUCAAGAAAACUUUAAAAGGAAGUCAAGUGUCUCAACAACAUGAAGUACACUUGUGGAUGAUAAGGAUGGUCUUGUGGCACUUGCACCAAUUUGCUGCACAUACGCACACUUUUUGAAAAUAAAAGAUUAUAUUGUCUUUUA